AUGACACUUUUAGAUAUCAAACCCAUUUCUUGGGCAUACUGUAUGAUAACAUUAGGGACUGAAAUGCUAAAUUCUGUCUUCAGUUUCUACUGUGUGAAACUUUUUUUAGAACUGUGCAAGAUUUCAGAAGUGGUCUUUUAUCAAGCCCAAAUAAUUUCAAUGACGUGGAAUGUUCUUAAUAAUCUGGAUGGGUAUUUUCACAACAACUCUAAGGCUGAAUGCUGUGUUAGACAUCAUAUUUCUGUCUUGCGUGGUGUCCCUUUAUAUGCAGUAGCCUUCCUGCUUCCUUGGUUCCCUUGGAAAUACUAUCAAGAAGGUGACAGGCUUAGUGGACCUCACCUGAUGGUAUCACUAUGUGCUUUUGAUAGCACGCUUACCUGUGUUCAGCAAGCCCAGUGUGUGCUGUUUGCAGAGAUUUUCACAAGACACCAAAGUAGGCUUCAGCUUGUUAAAAUUUACCAAGUGGUAUCACUAGUGGGAUCCUCCAGUAUCCUUUUCUGUGGACUCGUCUCUAAGAACUUGGAAAGUUUGUGUAAUUUUCAGGCCAUCGCUAUUAUCAUCGCCUUGCUCGCUGCUGCCAGCCUUUACACUGGCAUGUAUCAUGUGAAAUGCUUCAAACCUAAACGUCUCUUGGAAAGUGAACAGGAACUCGCCAGGACUGCUGCCAUUUUAUUGGUGAGACAGAUCUUAUCCCAGAGAAGCUUUUACCUUUUUCUGGUAAUGAAUUUCUUCCAAGUUUUCCAUUUAACCUUCUCCAACAAUUUCAUGGUGAUCUUUCCAGAGAAUCUCAUUCCCAGGGAGGUUCUUUCUUCUUCCACGAAGAGCAUCAUGUAUGGAGCAGGCUUUAUUUGCCCCCAAUGCCUUGUGCUUACCAGUCAGUCCUGGCUGAAGGAGUUUGGUUACUAUAGGAUUAUCUUAAUCUCUUUCUACCUAGAAGGAACAGCCUCCAUCAUCGUGUUACUUCUGGGACAGCAAUACUAUUACUGUUUGGCUCUUUAUUUCACUAUUAUCAUGCUUCUUUUUUGCUUGUUUAACCUGCCAUUAGCUGACAUGGUUGAUGCAGAUUUACUGAAGUUCAAUUGGCAACCCAUGUUAUUUUUCUCUGGUCCAGGUCACCCCUUCCCUCAAUGGUUUGGCAUCAAUGCUUUGUUUACCAAACUUGCUCAGUCUUUAGCUCCCAUGGUGAUAUUCUCUAGGCUAAACCAGUAUGGAUAUGGAAACACGAACAGCAGUGUACUAUUAGAUCUUCAUGAUGCUAUGUUUAGUUUGAUUUGCCUGGUCCCACUGGGCAUUGCAAUAAUUCAGAUUCUGGUUUGGAGCCCAUUCUCAGUCAGAAACAAGACAGAGUACACAGAGACUUUUUAA